GAUGGAUGGAAUCACGGCUGCUGUGCGGACGACGCAACUCGGAAAACAAUAACAGAAAACGAAAGAAAGAGAAAGGGAAUAGGAGGAAAAGAAGAGAUAGUGUUCGCGCGUUGUUCCUGGGGCUCGAGACACGGUGACGCGAGUCAUGAUGGAAAGCCUGGUGCACUACAGCAGCCCCGCCCACGCCAUCUCGCUGCUCAGCGUGUUAAACGAGCAGCGCCUGAAGGGACAGUUCUGUGACGUAGUGCUGAUGGCGGGAGAACAUCGCUACCCGGCACACAGGAGCGUUCUGGCCGCCAGCAGCGAGUAUUUCCACACUCUGUUCUCCAGGAGAGACUCAGAGGCACAAGACUUGAUCCAGCUGGACUUUUGUGAGCCUGAGGCUUUCGAGAUCGUGCUGAACUACAUCUACUCCUCAUCGCUGUUCGUGGACAGAGGAAGCCUGGCAGUGAUCCAGGAGCUGGGCUACAGUUUAGGAAUCCCAUUCCUGACUAACAUAAUAUCCACCAGGCCUCAGGUGUCAUACUGCGUGACCCGAAAGAGGCUGUGCUUUCCCGAGGAGGACGACGGCUCGUUCACAAAGAGGAGUGUCAUCGUACAACAAGGUGGCAUGGAUGUCGCCCACAGAGGGAACGACAUUCUCCACAGUAAAGCGUCCAGACAUGCAGCAGAGGAGACUCGGCCUGGAUCGGGUCUGGAUUAUCGUCCUUCAGGAUACGUUAAACCAACGGAAAUGGGAAUGAAUCUUAGCAAAAACGCUCCCAAAGAGCUAGAGAAUGAUUCUAAAGCCAUCAUUCCAUCUUUGACUUCCAUCCUCAAGGCUCGCGCAGAGUACAGAUCACCUAUGGCCAGGCCCCAGUUGACCACAUCGGUGUCUUUCAGCGAAACCAUACAGCACUUAAACUCUGAUCCCGGUGACGAUCCAUCGGAGGAGAUGAAACCCGGACAGACGUACGAUCCAAAGUCUGUCUCUGGAACGCAGCAGGGAGCACGUAACCAAACCGUGGACCGGAGCGGGCCACUUAUUAAAAGCCUGCUGCGUAGAUCCUUAUCCAUGGACAGUCCGGUUCCCGUCUUCUCUCCAGUUCUGGAGCUGAAGGACUCUCAGAGCAGGGAGCAGACUGUUGUGAAAUUGGAGAUGAAUGCGGCCGAGACGCCGUCGUCCGGGAGCAAGCAUCACUUACCUCCGCUCGUUCUCAGGUCCAAACAGCAUAACGUGAUGGCGAUGGAAGACAAGGACACUCAGGUAGAGGACAGAGUGACGGUCAAAACCGAGGCUAGCAGCCCGCUGGCCGAUCCUUCUGAAAUCAUACGGGUCACCGUAGAGGACAAUCUGCCCGUCAACUUCAGAGAUUUCCAGACCAAUUUUGAUGAAAGUCCUAGAGGAUACUUCAGUCCUGUGAAAAGGAGAUUACCUGUGGAUGGGAAUUUGAACACGUUCAAGCGAUCCAAAGUUGUGAAUGAACACCAGUUCACAGACGAGGACGGCGUGACCGACGAAUCACCUCGCAACACAGACGAUCAGGAACCAGGGGAACUGAGGCCAACCAAGAUGUUUAAAUGCUGGAGCUGCAUGAAGGUUUUCAGGUCAAACGCUGGGCUUUACCGUCACGUGAACAUGUACCAUAACCCGGAGAAGCCGUACGCGUGCGACAUCUGCCACAAACGAUUUCAUACCAACUUCAAAGUGUGGACACACUGCCAGACCCAACAUGGCGUGGUCCAGAACCCAGCCGCUUCCUCCAGCUCCUACUCUGUGCUGGACGAGAAGUUCCAGAGGAAACUCAUAGACAUUGUGCGAGAGCGGGAGAUUAAAAAAGCCUUGAUCAUGAAGCUCAGGAGAAACAAGCAGGGCCACCAGGCUCAGCCCUUUGCCAAGAAAAGCCGGAGAUCGAGGUCUUACGGAUGUCCCUAUUGCGGGAAAAUGUUUUUCUUCCAGUCGCAUUUUAAACUGCACAUGAAAGGACACACUGCUGAGAGAGCUAGCAUGGAUGCUCAAGAAGAGGAAGGUCUAUGUGAGCGGCAGGAGCAAGUGGGACAUGUCAAGGAGAACCAAGACAGAGAGGUUUUCCCCUGCAGGCUCUGCAACGUGAAACUGUUCUCUGUGAGCGAGCUGGAGGAUCACGAGAGAGCAUGUCGCUACGCAACUGUCUGCCCUUACUGUGGCCUCAGGUUCUCCAACACGCUGGUGAAAAAAGAUCACGAGGCUCACUGCAAGUACAAAAAGCUCACCUGCCUCGAGUGCAUGCGCACUUUUAAAUCCUCCUUCAGCAUUUGGCGCCAUCAGGUUGAAGUUCACAACCAGAACAUGAUGACCGUCAGGGAGCAGCUGACCUUUGGGUAUCACGACAUUAACCAGGAGACGCCAGAGCUUCUCAGGGAAGCACUGCCUCCUAAAGAGGCCAUGAGAGACGACGCCACUUACGGCGACUCCGAGGACUCGUCUUCUUACCUCCCGGAGGAUCUGAGCUCCAAUCAUAAUCAGGGCAAGCUCGUGGUAAAAGAGGAGCCACAGGAGGAACUGGUGAUGGACAGAGAUCCUUCAGCUCCUGAGGAAGCAGGCGUGAGGCCUUGUGAAAAAUGCGGCAAACUCUUCAGCUCUCACAAAGCCCUCGAGCGUCACCAGGAGCUUCUCUGCCACAUCAAGCCCUUCAUCUGCCACAUCUGCCACAAAGCAUUCCGGACCAACUUCCGCCUCUGGAGCCACUAUCAGUCCCACAUGUCGUCCUCCAAGGAGCCCGUGAGCAGACAGACGGACGGACCGCCGUGCUCUCCUCCUCCGUCUCCGACUCUCACCAUCUCCACCCGAGAUCCUCCGUCCUCACGAGCAUCUCCGCCAGAAUCGGGUCAAACGGAGGCGAAGGUCUCGGAGGAGGAGCCCGGAACCCUCACGUCUUCUCUGUCCAAACCCGAGAGAGCGGAGCAGGAAAACCCAAGUGGGGAUUUCUCUCUUUCCCGGUCGGACAGUGCUGAAAACCCAGCAACUUCUCAGGAAUCAGACACGCUCUUUUAUCACGCGCCCACGCUCUCCGCUCUGACAUUUAAGAGGCAGUACAUGUGCAAACUCUGCCACAGGACCUUCAAGACUGCCUUCAGUCUGUGGAGUCACGAGCAGAGCCACAGUCACGUCUGAACACGGCAACAUCUGGAUCUUAUCUCACCUUAAAGAGUCUCCUUCAGCCCAGAUGUAGGCGGGAAGCUGUGGUGUAAAGUAGAGCUGAUAAGUGGAAAACUUUUAGAGGCGGGGCUUGGGCAGGAUUUCCAAGACGGUGGCCGAGUUUAUAGAUUCAGGUGUAAAGAAGUGUUUCCACUGCGUCUGGGUUAACAGGGACGAUAAUGUAACACACACACACACACACACACACACGUAUACUCACCUAUUUUCAGGUUGUUGUUUUUUUUUUUACUUCCUGGUGCAUCAGUGAACAAUGUGUACAAAUGCAGAUGUUUUAUUCCUCGUUUGUUGAUUCAUCUCCUGGUCCACAAGGUUAAAGAUCUGCUUCUAAUAACCUGCAAUAACUGUGUAUAAGUGCUUUUUUUGUGUAGGAGUUGAGCUCGUUCCUCUCCGUCUCUGUGGCCUUUUUCCUGCGUGAUGUUAGUGGAAGAUGAUGAAAGGCUCGUCAAACCCAAACCAGCGUAGUGUUCAGGACGUCACGUCUUUUCCUUCCUCUUGCUCUCUGCAAUGAGCCAGAUGUAUAUUUCAGAUUUUCUAUCGUGUUUCUACGGACUUUCCCCACGAGCCGUCCGAGUGACGGAGCUUUCACACGCGAGCCGUCCGAGUGACGGAGCUUUCACACGCGAGCCGUCUGAGUGACGGAGCUUUCACACGCGAGCCGUCUGAGUGACGGAGCUUUCACACGCGAGCCGUCUGAGUGACGCAGCUUUCACACGCGCUUUAGCUUGAACUUUAAAAAGCCAGAUGUUUUGUGUUGCCUUAAUGCUUCACUUACAGAACAUAACAAGACGUCCUUACACACCGGGGUUUCAUUUCUGUUUGGUAAACGAGUGUUAUUACUAUCAUUAUUACUACUAUUAUUAUUAUUAUUAUUAUUAUUAUUAUUAUUAUUAUUAUUAUUAUUAUAACAGCGUAUUCUUCAGCUGGGUGAAAAACAGUGCAUGAGAUGUUUGAGAUUUUGGUCCUUUAACGGUGUUGAAGACUAAAACCGUGUUAUUCUGAGAUUACAGUAUGUUUGUUUUUGUGUGUGUGUGUGUGUGUGUUUGCACACAUUUACACAUGAAACCAAAACAUGCUUUUUCUUUAGAUAUCUUUAUUAUUGAAUUAUUUUUUUAAAGCAGUUUUUUUUCACUCUUCAGUGAUUCAAAAGAAAAUACUGCACACGCACACACACACACCUCAUUAGGCAUGCUCCCAGACUAAAUUUCCGUAUCCCGAUGGAUACCGAGCUAAUAUGUCAUGAUAUUAAGUGUUUUUUGCGAAUCAGACUGGUUAAUAAAACACUGAUCAGUCUCUACUUCUCACUAAUUGCUCAUUAACGUCUCAGCUCGGAUCGAACAACACUUUUGUUGAACUGGUGUAUGAUAGACGGAUGAUAUACAGCUACACACACACACACACACACAGACACGGAGUGGUGUGUUCUUUAUCGUGGACAUAUUUGUGUAGUGAAAAACCUGGAAAAUGAUUUUCUUAUCACAAUAAUAUGACAUUAUUCUAAAUUCACAGAGCACUUAUUGUGAUGUAUAAAUAACCUCGGCACACACCUAGCGCGGUUGUGUGUGUGUGUGUGUGUGUGUGUGUGAUUAUUUUACGGUACUGUAUCAGUACUUGGUUACUAAAAGAACACGCUGGUUGAUCAGGUAUAUCGGAUGUCAGUGUGAAGCUAAUCGUACAGGAUUUCUUGUGACAUCGCAGAUAUCAGUUAAUUAAAGCACAAUUUCUAGAGUUUUGAGAGAAUAUUUCAUUUGUUUUUUUCCCGGGAGCUGCGCUGUUUGAUGAGGAGGUGACGAAGGGUCAGUCAGAUGGACGAGUCUUUACGCACCUUGGGAUUUCUGUGGAAGCUUUACAGCAGAGUUUAUUGAAUGUAAUGUGCUUCUUUUUUCUUUAAUGUUAUUUUAUUUUUAUUACUCAAGAUGCCUCGGUUUAAAGUAGAAGAUGCUUCGUGUAGACGCUCCAACGAGCUGAUGAUGUAAGAUUUUCCAGCUAAUUUUCUACUUCGUCCUGAUAUUUUUCUUGUUUUAUGAUGACAGUGUAAGGUUCCGGGUAUUUCAGUGGUUUCUCUGCAAUAAUUCUCUGGUUUUAUAAUGAUGUAACUCAUAAUAAUGAUGUAUCUGAUAAUGAUGUAACUCAUACUCUUGCUCUGUGGCAGGUUUAUUUUGUGUUAAGUGAUUUUUUUUUUUUUCUCCCUCCCUUCCUGCUGUUUAAAGGCUUUGCUUUCUAAAAUAAAGUGCCGCCGAUCAGCA